UGCCCCGUUUCAUGAACUUUGCUUGUCUUUCGAUGAUAAAUGUGUUUUCUUUGUUUGCUUAAGAUAAUGUUAACACUUAAUGCAAGAAGGCUUAAAGAUCUGACACGUUUAACUUAAAGUGUUCAUUAGCUAACUCUAAUUGUUUACAGAGGCAACUGAGGAAACCAAAGGAUAAAAGAAAGAUGCAUGCUUUAUGGAUUAUGGAGUGUUUUUGCUUUUAAAAAUUGAGACUUUCUGUUCUCUGCUAUGGUAUACAAAAUGGGGUUCUUGAAAAAUGGAAAAUUUUGAAUUUAUAUUCUUUGUUUUUUGCAUUUUUUGAGUGGCCAAAGAGGGAAACAGAGUUUGAGUUGGGUUGAGUUGGGUUGGUUGGCCAUACAAGUUAACAGAGUUGGGUUGAGUUGGUUGGCCAAACAAGUUUCCAGUCCUAGUAAAUUUUUGUUUUGUAGUGUGUUGUUUUGCUCCUCUUUUUUUUUUUGGUUCUCUCGCUUUGUUAAUGAUAAUUAUGUAAUAGUUGAUAUCUUUGUUAUAUUCUCUUUUUAAGGCCAUCUUUUGAUUCUGUUUUGACAAAAUCAUACCUUUGUUUCGUCCUUUUUUACUUUUCUGUUUCUGCUUUAUCUCUUCUUGGUUUUCUCUCUAGUGGGAAUUCAAAGUUCUACGUUUCCUCUCUCUCUCUCCCCCCCUCCCCCCCCUCCCUCCCUCCCUCUUUACUUUUAAAUAAUGGUCCAGUCUUAAUUUUGAAUUUGCUUUGAUGGGUUUCUUUUUUUAAGUGGAAACUAAUUGCAAAAUGCAUACUUUGUUCUAUCUUUAAGUCUUUUAUGGACAACCCACCAGAAAUCUGAGGGUUUUAAUUGAGAUUGUGCCAAAUAGUAUACUACUUGUCAACUCUUUGUUUUGAUCUCUUCUUUGGUUCUCUACUCAAGCAUAAAAGGUAAGAAUUCAAGAAUCAUGAAAAUACGUUCAUUUUAUUCUUAUGAUUGUAGUGUAUUUUGAUGUAUUUUACUUGGCAGGACAAACAGGUUUCUUGUUUUCUGAUUUGUUCUUGAAUUUUAUGCUUCUCUCUUUGCUGGCUUCAGUUUUUUAAUUAUUUGUUUGUGGAUUCUUAAGUAACAAGACUUUAACUCUCUAAGUAGUGUGACAAUAAUGUGAAUCCUUACGAAGGACAAGAUAUUAGGACAGCCUUUUAAGAAUAUCCUAUUCCAAGUUGACAUGGAAGAUUAUUAAAUUUGGUUUUGUUUGAUUUGUUGAGAGUUUAGUUACUUGCAGUCAUCUCUGGUUUCUAACGAGGUAUUUAAUUAACAAUCAUUAACUGUUGUCCUUUUGUUUGUGCUCAGCCAGUUUAAUCGUUGAUUUGCGCAAUCACUUAUGGAUUGUAUUUGACCAAGAUUAAAAAGGUCAUGGUUUUCUACACUGGGGUGUACAGUGACUAGUGUGGGAAUCUUUGAUGUUUUGGAUAGUCUUUUUCUUGGUUGACUAGCUAGCAAAAUUCGGAAUUUUAUGCGAGAUCUGUUCUGGAAAUAAGAGGAAGCUUGUCUAUUAAUUAAACCAUAGAUGUCUUUGUUCUGGGAUUGAGCAAAUGGGAGCUUGUGUUUCAACUAGUCGGAGUACUUGCAGCAGUAAGAGCAAUGGAGAGCCAGUUCCUCUGCCUUGCUUGGGGAUUGGUUUUUGCCGGCAAAAGAGAACUAAAAGAACAUUCUCUGAUCAUGUGGUCACACUACAACAUUUACCAUCCAUACCUAACAGGGUUUUCACCAAUGGAAAGAGCCGAACUUCUUGUAUAUUCACACAGCAGGGUCGAAAGGGCAUAAACCAGGAUGCAAUGAUUGUGUGGGAAGAUUUCAUGUCAGAGGAUGUGACCUUCUGUGGUGUUUUUGAUGGUCAUGGUCCUCAUGGCCAUCUAGUUGCCCGCAAGGUCAGGGAUACCCUGCCUGUAAAAUUACAAUCAUUCUUGAACUCUUGUCAGUCAAGGCAAAAUGGGUCAGAUCAAACUUGUUUCAAGGGGAAUUCGAUGAAAUCAGAUGUUGGGGAUUUGGACAAGGAUGGCUCUAUCGAGGAUAAAUUGAACUCUUUAUGGAGAGAAGCGUUCCUGAAGUCAUAUAAGGCCAUGGAUAAAGAGCUGAAAUCCCAUCCGAAUUUGGACUGCUUCUGCAGUGGGAGCACAGCUAUCACUAUUGUGAAACAGGGCUCCAAUCUAUUCAUGGGAUAUAUUGGGGAUUCCCGUGCAAUCAUGGGAUCUAAGGACAGCAAUGAUUCCAUGGUGGCAGUCCAGUUGACCGUUGAUCUGAAGCCUGAUUUGCCAAGGGAAGCUGAAAGAAUUAAGCGGUGUAAAGGUAGAGUGUUUGCAUUGCAAGACGAGCCUGAAGUGCCAAGAGUUUGGUUACCAUUUGAUGAUGCUCCUGGCUUAGCAAUGGCUCGGGCAUUUGGUGAUUUCUGUUUGAAGGAAUAUGGAGUGAUCUCCAUACCUGAGUUUUCACAUCGGACCCUUACAGAGAGGGAUCAAUUCAUCGUUCUUGCCUCAGAUGGGGUUUGGGAUGUCUUGAGCAAUGAAGAGGUGGUUGAGAUUGUAUCCUCAGCUCCAACACGGGCAUCAGCAGCAAGAAUUCUGGUGGACUCAGCUGCUCGUGAAUGGAAGCUUAAAUACCCAACUUCAAAGAUGGAUGACUGUGCUGUUGUUUGCUUAUUUCUGGACGGGAAAAUGGACUCGGAAUCGGAUUAUGAUGAACAAGGCUUUUCCUCAGCAACUCUUGAUCAGAGCAAUCAUUCUGGCAAUGCUGCUGAAUCAGACGAUGGGCAGAAAUCUGAGCCAUGUUUGCAAAGAAAUUUUACAGUUAGAUCAGCAGAAGAAACUGAUACUUAUGGAAGGCAAGCUGUUGAAGUUGAUGGAGAUGGCGAAGCAGUGAAUAAUGCUGAGGAUCAGAGUUGGCUAGGUUUGGAAGGAGUCACUCGAGUGAAUUCACUUGUUCAACUUCCAAGAUUUUCUGAGGAAAGACCAGGCCCAUAAUUUUUGUGGUAUCUACAUAGAUGAAAUGGGGCUGCCAUCAUUGUAAUAUUUUGGCUCUUGAGCCUCAUUAUACUCAGAAAGUUCUCUUGUUCUGGUGGCACAAUGUUUUGAAACUUUGUCCAGGUAAAUUAUUGCCCCGGUCCCUUUUGUUGUAUGUUCACAGAAAUGUAGAAAGACAGCUUUGUUCAGAGGAUUGAACUAAACAUAGCUCUGUCAAUACCACUUUAUCUUCUGUCAA